UCAACACUGCUUUUCGCACGAAUCUCGUACUUAUCUCAGCCUCAGCCUACCUCUCGUUGAGAAUCAUAUACAUGUCAACACCAUGCAUAUUCUCCACAGCAUCACACAGCAUCUCUUCCUAGCCGUUCUACUCCAUAUUCACACAACAUUUUCCUUUCCUGUUCAAGAGCUAGAAACCCUCCAGCCGAACCUCCAGCUUAACUACACCACCGCUGAGGCGGGUAACCCUUUCAUAGGAGGAUGGUACGCCGAUCCCGAUACUGCCAUCUACGAUGAUCUGUAUUGGAUAUAUCCAACUUCUUCUUUACCAUACGAGCAACAGACCUUCCUUGAUGCGUUCUCCAGUGCAGACUUAAUCACCUGGACCAAACAUCCCAACAUUUUGACUAUCGACAACGUCAAGUGGGCGAAAAAAGCAGUGUGGGCUCCUGCACCAGCUUUUGUGAACGGGAAAUACUAUCUAUAUUUUGGCGCAAACGACAUUCAAGAGGGGGAGCCGGAAAAAGGUCUUAUAGGCGGUAUCGGUGUAGCCGUUUCUGACCAUCCCUAUGGACCGUACAUCGAUGCGAUCGGGAAACCGCUGAUCGGAGAAUACCACAACAAAGCUCAGCCAAUCGACCAGGAUGUUUUCAUCGACGACGAUGGUCAAGCGUACAUCUACUACGGCGGCCAUGAACACGCAAAUGUAGCGAAACUGAACCCAGAUAUGAUAUCGCUGGGAACAUUCAGCGACAACACAACAUUCAAAGAAAUCACGCCGGACAAAUAUGUCGAAGGGUCGCAGAUGAUCAAGCGCAAUGGGAAAUAUUACUUCAUGUGGUCCGAGGGCGGAUGGACGGGGCCCGAUUACGCAGUCGCUUAUGCUAUCGCGGAUUCACCUCUGGGCCCAUUCAAUACGCGAGGAAGGAUUUUGCAACAAGACAGUGCGAUUGCGAAGGGAAGUGGUCAUAACGGUGUGAUCCGCGUUCCCGGGACCGAAAUCUACUAUAUUACUUAUCAUCGGAGGCCGCUCACUGAGACGGACCGCAAUCAUCGCGUGCUUUGUUACGAUCGCAUGUAUUUUAAUCCAGACGGAACGAUCGCGAAUGUAAAUAUGUUGGUAAAAGACAACUUCGCCGAUGGAGAUUUCGUGGGAUGGAAGACUGAUGGUGGAGAGUGGAAGGUAGUGGACAAGAGACUGCAAGUCGAUGCGAAAUUAGGAUCGGCCGCUUUCGCCGUACAAGACACAAACUUUACGGAUGUUGCCUUCGAAGCCACAGUACAGCUCUCAGCUGGUAACAACGAAACAGAGUCUGCAGGGUUGGUGUUCAAAGUCAAAGAUGCUACGAAAGGCGUGGCGGGUUUCAGUGGGUACUAUGUUGGACUGGCUCCGUCUGGGAUCGUGAAAUUGGAGACAUUUGAGGCUGGAGUCCGAACCAACUACACAUCGGUUUCCGCGAGAAUAGAGACUACAGUCGACAUCAGAGUCUGCAUUCAAGCGAUUGGGGAAAAUAUCCGUGUUUUCGUUGGCGAUUCUGACCAACCAAAGAUAUCAGUGGAGGGUGCGUCGCUUGUUAAUGGCACUACAGGAGUUGCUACUUUUGGAGCUGGCGCACAGUUUGGGAAUGUAUCCCUUUCGAAGCCGUGA